CAAUCUAUAAGCAUAUAAAAAAAAACAUGAACUCCAACUUUUCAGAUAUUGAUGUGACAAUGCCAUAUGUCAUUACUUCCGUUGUCUUGUCAUUUUAUAAGAAUAUUAUGUCAGACAAUUGGACACCUACCCGGUACCAUAGUUUCCUAAGUUGUGUAGAGUCGAGCAUACUUGCUGCUCAAAAUAGAAACCCUUAUAUCUUACUCAACAGCUUAAGGCUCAUUGAAACUUACAUGAUCAAUAUGCAAGGAGACAACCUUGCAUUAUUAGAAUCAGAAUACUCUAUCUUUGUAGCCGCCUUCAGAAUCAGUCAAAAGUUCAACGAUGACUUUUUCUGUAACCAUCUGGAAAUUGACCACAGUUUACUAACUGAAAUGAACUAUGUUCAAUUGAAGCAAUUCGAGUUCAAGUUUCUAGAGAAAAUCAAUUAUAAAAUUCUUAUGCCAUUAGAAGAGUAUGUCCAAUGGAAAGACAAGUGUCAAAGCAUUUAUGUCACAUCCAUCACACCCACUAUCCUUGACAAUGAUGUCCAUUAUUAUUUCCAAGAAAAUAGCUUUGUUGGUUUACUUAAUAGUGAUGUCGACUGUACUCUUUAUCAGGUUCAAGACAGUAUCCCUUCUCCACCUUCGAGUGUGAUUUCAAAGAAUGACCUUCGCUGUGACAAUAAUGGACUCUUUGCAGAACACAAUAUUGUUUUUCAAUAUGGAUUCUAAAUGAUGUUCUACACAUUUGCACUUACACCACACACACACACACUCCCCAUUAGUAUACAUAUAUAUAUAUCACCCAUUCACAUCAUACUCAUUCUAUAAAAACUAACCCUUCACAUGGUCUAUAUCCCCCUCCCCUCCCCUCUACCUCCCCUUUAC